AUGGUGGAAAAUUCACAGUCACCAUUCCCAGAAGGAGUGAUUUAUGGUUUUGUUAUUUUCUUAAGUGCCAAGUUUGUCUCCAUACUAUAUCUUGUAUGGACUUUUAUUCCUGAGUCUUGGCUAAUCUGCUUAGGUUUAAUCUACUUGCCUCAAAAAUAUUGGGCUGUCAUAUUACCUGUCUACCUCUUUAUUACUAUAGUAAUCAGUAAUGUACUCUUAUUUUUAAUUAACAUGAUGACCACCUCUCCACUUGAUCCCAUUCACACAAUCACAGAUAACUAUGCUAAAAACCAACAGCAGAAGAAAUAUCAAGAAGAAGCCAUUGCAACAUUAAGAGAUAUUCCUAUUAGUGAAGUAAACCAAAUGUUCUUUCUUGCAGCCAAAGAACUUUACACCAAAAACUGA